AUGCUAGCGAACGAAACCCGGAUGCGCGCUGCCAUGCCGAACUCCCCUCGCCUCCACGCAACGCGAUCACACUCAGUCUUACGCUACGCUUUUGUAAUUGCUCUAUAUGUGGCUCUGAUCUACUUGGGAAGUGUCGCGAGCAACGGCGGGCAGACGCCUUCGACGGCGAGCCUCACUCCAUCUCAGGGCGGGCAGGCAGCGAUGGUAGAUGGCCGCUGGAAGACCGUUCGAAAGUCUCUGGGUCUCCCGCUUCUUCCACUAGGGCAACUACGACUCGCUGGAUCCACUCAGCAGCCUAAAUCAAAAUCAAGCACGUCCGGACUACGCUACAAUCUCCAGCUUACCUCUCGAUUCAACCUCAGACACAAACGCGAAUUCGAAGAGGCCAAGCCCGACCUACCGAUCACUCCGCCGACCCCGCCAGCUCUGUUCUUCACGGAGGAGGCCCUCGACGAGCCGACGAUAUCUUACUCUGCGUUUCUGAAGAGUUUGCAAAUGGCGAGCGAGGCAUCUGGUCAGGCGGGUAAUGCGAAAGCCAAAGCUAAAGGAACGCUACAGAAAAGCGAGGGGAAGAAGACAGCGACCCCAAGGUGGUUCAAGCGGGACGACUAG